UUAUUUUUCUGUAGAGCACUUGUAUGUGUCUGUCAAGUAGUCGCACUAGAGUAAAACAAUUUAAUAUUUUUUGUUUUGAUUGACUUUGCACAUUCAACAUGCUGAGCAAUUUGGUGAUUGGAUCGGAAAGGGUAGUUCUUUUUGUAGAUAGCAAUUCAUAUGAACCGUUUGCAAAAGACCUACUGCAAACUAUUGCACGCUCGUCUCCGGUCAUCUUCUAUCCGAAAGCAAUAGAUAUUCCAAUAAUUGAAUCUAAUUUUAAGGCAAACAUCGAAAGUGAUAUUCUUACCACCGGCGAAAAAGCAAAUGUUAUACUCGCACCAGUAUCGAAACUCCAACUUAACAAUAGCAUAACAGAGAUUGUGAAUUUGGUACAGCAUUUAAAACACCACGUGAAGGUGAAGCAAAUUUUCAUAUGGUGCUCCACAAAGAAUAUACGCGAUGACAAACUCAUUCCGUUCCUACAGUACAUGAGUAAUAUUGAAGUAUUCCUUCGUGACGAAUCCGAAUUGCAAAUAUUAACCAAACGAAACACCGGAACCAUCACGAGAAAGGAGUAUCAAUACACAAUCGGGGCUUGUUAUGAAAUAUCAGUACGAGAAAAGGUGAAAAAAGCAGCAGAAAAACAGAAUACUACACCAUCGAUCGAUCCAGAAUCAUUAGCUACUUUCAAGAUAACCGCUGGCAGUGGUGAACAAGCUACAAAGGACGCAUUAAAAUUACCAUACGAACGGACGUCGAGCGAACCACAAACGGGUCACAUUCAUUAUGAGCCAGACUCUGAUGAUGAUUUCGAUGAUGAGGAUCCAGACGAAGAUCUGAAUAUUUAAAUGUGCCUUCCUUAAUUAUUACUUUUUGAAAUAAAGAUUUUAUACAUUCUA